UAUUUGUUACUUUAUCCCUCGCCCAGUGUGACAUAUUUUGAUACCAGGGGGUUCACGUAAAACAACUUUUAUAAAUCGCUCGUUAUGCCGUCCUACGUCUAUCAUUCGUUCUGCAGCCCUCGUGAGCAGUAAUGAGUGAAAUUAUAGCAUCACAAGCGGAUAUUCAUAAAAAUUGCGUCGUCUCCAUUUACCCAUUUUUAAAUAGGGAUAAGGUAUUUUAUUUAUAAGCUGUGUGGUCAAAAUCCAUUUAAGUGACUUAACGCAUAUUAGAAGCUAUUAAAUAAUACACCUGGAAAGAAAAUACUUAUAAAUAAAAUCCAAGUGGCAUGAAGAUUAGCAAAAUGAACUGUCUUAUUUUCAUCUCAACUAAGCAAAGUGUUACGUAGAUCGUGAUGUUGAAAAGCGCCCGUCUCCAUAUUUUACAACGCCAACAUGGAUCGUAGUGGCAGUGAAGGAACUGAAGUGGAAGUGGAUACAGCCAUGGCCGAAGCUGCCGUUGAAGAAUCUAUUUCAAGAUUUUUUUGCCAUAAGUGUAGUGUGGAAAUACCUAGAAUAUUACCAGAAUACAAAUGUCCCAACUGCCACAGUGGGUUUAUAGAAGAAUUGGAAGCCCAACCAGACCUCAUAGAUGACAAUUUGCAAAAUCUGCAGACUCUUCAGUCGCUGAAUCAACGCUUUGGAGUGGAGAUUGGUGAUAUGUUACUUGGGUUAAGCAGGAGCCCACCAGAUCGUAGAGUUCUCCGUGGGAGGGAUCGAGAUGGGUCUGAGGCCCGACGUCCUGGAAGGUACGGCAGUGUCAUGUCCAGGCAGAGGAUAAUGAGAAACAGAGUUCCACGGGUACAAAGACAAAUGGCGCCAAUAGAACAUCUAAUCCAGGACUUUCUGCUCAAUUUAACGGGCGUUGGGUUUGGAGCACUGGGUGGUGGCAGAGGUGGUCAUGCACCUGUUUUUUUUCUUGGAAAUCCUGGUGACUAUGCCUGGGGAAGGGAAGGUCUUGAUGCGAUUGUGACACAAUUAUUAAAUCAGAUGGAUGGUUCAGGUCCUCCUCCUUUGGCUAAAGAGAAAAUAAAAGAAAUUCCAGUAGUAGUCAUUACUCAAGAUCAAGUCAGUAAGAAUUUGCAAUGUUCAGUGUGCUGGGAAGAUUUUCGGCUUGAUGAGCCAGUGCGGAAAUUGGCUUGUGAACAUGUAUAUCAUGAAAACUGCAUUGUUCCCUGGCUGGAAUUGCAUGGUACAUGUCCAAUAUGCAGGAAGACUCUUAGUGAGGAUGGUGCAGAGGAUCAUCAGUCGGGUGCUGCUAGUAAUUCGAUGUCCAAUAUGGGACCAAGCCUUGCUGCCAUCUUCAGAACUUCACUCAGCUUUUGUGAGACUGCUAAAGAUUUCGAUGAAGGAAAUGAAAAUUUAUGGGAAAUAACACUUGGCAUUAGUCUUUCAGCAUGCUGCUUUUCGUAUUUCUCUUCAUCUGAACUUAUUUGUUUUAAAAAAUAA